AUGUCUGUCGUCCUCGCUGCAAUUGCCGUUGCCGUUCCUGCUUCUAUUCUUUCUAUCAGGCCGUGCGAACGCCUUAACCGAGUUCAUCAGUCCGGCACAAACGCCCCCUCGCCUAGCCCAUCAAAGAGACAAGUCAUGUCCCGUGCUUCUGCUCAUUCGGAUCAGUUGACAGGCGACCCGACUCUACGCACGAGAGGUUUUGGGUCCAUUUUCCUGAAAGCUAUUUCUAAGGCUACCUCCACGUUCAAUGAUAACAAGAACGGAAAUUCGACUUGUGACAAUAUCUUUCAUGGAGUCAUUCGCGCACCGGCGAGUGGAGCGGAGGAUGUUCGGGAACGCUUAGAAGAAUGUGGACGUAGUCAAGCGAGUAUAUUGAUUCACCCUUAG